GCUAGAGAGAUUCAUUUCAACACAGAAUCUGGCCACUGAAGGCCUAUUGAAGUUUUCUGUAGUUGAGUCCAGUUUGAUAGGCUUCCCAAAAAUAUUUGCAAUAGACAUCAAGGCUCUUUUAUCAUGAAGGUGGAUGGGCAGAUUAGCUAUGGAAAUCCAGACAGGGAUGAUUGGAGUUACCUUGGAGGGAUCAAAGUCAGUGGUCCAUUUGGUGAUGCUCAUGGUAGCUCCCUGGACAUUCCAGUCUUUGCGAAGGAAAAGUCUCUGGAGUCUUUUUUCAGAAAUAGACAACUUACUCUAAAAGAAGCUUGCCUAGCUCUUCAGGCCCAAGAAGAAGAAGAGGAAACAGAGACCCUUCAACAUAUGAAUGUCAUUUGGAACAUGAAGCAAAUUCCUAAAAUUGCUUUCUUCCAAUGGCGGCUUCACCACAACCUGCUUCCCUUCCCUGCACAAUUGAGAAAAUUUGGAAUAACCUCCUUGCCCUCCCAAUGUUUGCUAUGCGGAAAUGAAAGCGACACUGACUACCACACUCUCUUCCAGUGUGAAUAUGCCAAACCUAUUUGGAGCUACUUUGAAUGGAUUCUCAAGAUCCCUUGGAAUGCAACACAUGGGGUGAGGGCCUACCUCCACAAAUGGUGGACAGCUUGCCAUAACAAAACUCUAGAGGGAUGGAUUAAAGGAAUCAUACCUGGGAUCAUAACUCACCAAAUCUGGAAGGAAAGAAACCGGCGCCUUCACGAUAAUGCCAGCAAGGACACAGGGAGACUACUUCAAGACUGCAUCGCCCAACUUCAGGAUUGGACUCGAGGAAGGGCCCCUUCUAAGCUCAAAUCCUACGGAGCCUGGAGACUUCCCCUGGAACUACUAUCCCUGCAUCGUAGAAAUCCAAGCAUUAAAAUACACAGAUGGACUAACACUUUGGACAACCGGUUACACCUCUCCACAGAUGUUACAAUCAAAGACACUCACGCGGUGGCAGGUGCAAUCCUUCGCAGAGGAGAUGGAGUUUUCAUAGCAGCUGGAACGUGGAAGAUUGAAGAAACAAACACCUUGCAAGGAGAAGCAAGAGCUCUGGCUUUUGGAAUAGAUUGGGCCGAACACUUUGAUUUCAUUGGCUUUUUUGCUGCUCUAUUUGGGUUUGCAGGCCCUGUCUGUUGCCACCAUGCCAUGAG